UAUGAAACAACGUAGGUCAUCGUAGAUCAAACUCUGUUACUAAUAACUCACAGUUGCUAAUGUAGAUCAAACUUUAGGCAAACUCACAGUUACUAAUAAGCAUCUAUCUUGAUAUAGUAACUGUAGGCAAACUGUACUGUUGCUACUGUAGAUCAAAUUGUCAGCAUUGGUUUAAUGAGGAGCGUUGAUGCUCUUUUAUAAGGAAUUCUGUCAGUUUGUAAUGAAUCUCUCUAGGCAUUUUGGGAAUGGUUGUUGGUUGCUAUGACAACGGGCGCGUUAUCAGACACAGUGGAGUGAGGGAGAUUUGAGCGCGCAGAGUGAUUGAGCAGAGUUCAGUCGGUUGGAGGCAACCCGCCAUGGUGGAAGAGGGUGGUGUAGCAGGUGCGGUGUCGCACUUACACUGGCUGCCUGUCAUCAUAUUCCUGUGGAUGCCUCUGUCGUUUCUCACCACGUACCUGAUAGCAGUUGAGCAGGACCAUGUGUACCCACUGUUCCCUGCCAUCAGUGACACAGGCGCUCUGCCCCCCGAGAGCUGUGUCUUCUCGCUGCUCGUCAACAUACUGGCGCUCCUAUUGACAUUUGCAGUAUGGCUGAGAGGCAAACAGUUGAGACAUGCGCCAGUUAACAUUGGUCCCAGCAAGUUGGUGAAUACUGGUUCGAGCUUUCUGGGUUACCUGGCAUGCUUCGGCUUGUACCUAGUGGCCAAUUGCCAGGAGACAAACACUCUAGUUUUCCAUUUUGUUGGGGCCCUGACGGCAUUCUGGUCGUCAUUCUUCUAUUGUCUUACCCAGACAAUUUUCUCGUACUGGCUCAUAAAUGAGAUGAACUCAGCAGCCAUAUUUAUUGCGCGAGCAAUUCUCUGCUUUGCCCAAUUAUUUCUGAAUGUUUUCACAUUCUGCACAUUGUUUGUUGCUGUCUCUCUAUUCAAAGGAAACGGCGGAAUAGUUCGAUCACUGAAGUGGAGCCCGGCUGACCCGGGUUGGGCGUGGCACGUGGCAGGCACCAUAUCGGAAUGGCUGCUGGCUGGCAGUGUCGGGCUCUUUGUUCUCACUUACUCCUCCGACUUCAAAAGGUUGACGCUGCAUCCACCAAAAGUCAAGCUCAUUGGCUACAAAUAUGACGAUGAGAAGAAUGGAAGCACGUAUUACUCCCCUAGAUCUGAAAUACCUCUCGACACAACAACAAGAAUAUGAUCUUCUUUCUUCUGUUCGGUGCGUUUUGAUUAUUUAGAGCAGAAAAUGCCCUAUUACCAAAAGAGACAAACAUAUCUGUGAAUACGAAACUUAUUAGUUCUAUUUUAAGAUUCGAUUUUGUAGCCGAGCCUGCAGUUCAUGUGUCUUGAGUUGAUGGAGGAAUCAACAGUUUUUAUAUUCCGAAAAUUAGUAUUUUAUUUUUGUACUUAAAAACUUUACAAGAAUUGUUUCUGAAGUGACUUCGAUGGAAUGUUUUGUAAGUCUACAAGAAACAGUCCUACAAGGCACAGCAAAAAAAAAUAUUUCAAUAAUAGAUCAGUAUAAUGAUUGAAAUAUUCAAUUUAUUCAAAUGAACUGAUAUAUAAUAUGUAUUUUUUAUUCUUCAAUAUUGCGAAUUAGUGUAUCAUGAUUUUAUUCUUUGAACAUGACCGAAUUUUCAAUAAUGUUUUUCUUUAACUGAAUUAAACUUCUAUAGGCUAAUAACACAAAUUCUUAUUAAGAAUUAAGACCAUGAUAUACUUUUAUAGGAUUGCUUGUAUAGUAUUGAAAUGAAAUAAUUCUUAAUUCAAUGGAAUAUUAUAAUAAUAUUAUUAUAUUAUUAUUAUAAUAAUGGAAUAUUAAAUAUUUUUCAAUUAUA